AUGAAUCCUCUGGAAUUCCGUGGUGGGCCGAAUCCUGUGAAGGCUCAGGAGUGGAUAACCGGCAUGGAAAGGAUUUUCCGGAUAGUGCAUUGUAGUGAAGAAAAUAAGGUUGUGUUUGCUUCUCACAUGAUGAAGGGUCCAGUUGUGAGAUGGUGGGAGAGUGCUUUGACUCUUAUGACCAAUCAAGGAAUACCUAGGGAUUGGGAGAAUUUUAAGAGUAUUUUCCUGGAUAAGUAUUUUCCUAGUUCUUUGAGGACUCAGAAAGAGUUUGAGUUUCAACAGCUCAGGAAAGGUACUAUGUCAGUAGCUGCGUAUGCUGAGAAGUUCGAAGAUAUGGCUGCUUAUUCUAGACAAGUUGCGUACGCAGCAGAUGAGAGGUGGAAGAUUGAUCAGUUUCUUUUUGGUCUGAGGGGUGAAAUUUCUCAUAAUGUUUCUCAAAGGGAAUUCACUUCUUAUGCUGAGUUGUUGAGGCAAUGUUAUGUGGCUGAGAACAGUUUGAAGAAAGUUCAAGAAGAAAGGGAUUUGUACAGGAGUGGGCAGAGAGACCAAGGAAGGCCAGGAAUCCAGUUUAGGCCUAGAUCUCAGGCUUUUAAGGGAAAACAGGUGCAACAUGCAAGACCUAACCAACCUCCUCAAUGUCAAGUAUGUAAGAAGUAUCAUUUUGGAAAAUGUACUGUAAGUGGAAUUAGGUGUUUUACUUGUCAUAAGGAGGGACACAUGUCUAGGGAAUGUCCUCAGAAUAAGAAUCAGAUGCAGGGGAGGAGCGUCGGUCGAGUUUAUACUUUGGAUGCAGAGAAGGCUAAGAGCAACAAUGCCUUAAUUGCUGGUACGUGUUUCAUCAAUAAUCAUCCUUGUUUUGUAUUGUUUGAUUGUGGAGCGACCCACUCUUUUGUAUCAAUUUGGUGCAUGAAGCGUCUUGGCUUGCAAGCAAUUCCCUUGUCUCCUCCUAUGGUGGUUACUACCUCCAUGGAUGAUGUGGUUGAGACACCGUUGAUUUGUGAAAAUUGUUCGCUCUCGGUGAAUGGUAGAAUUUUCCAGAUUGAUCUUAUUUAUUUACCACUUAAGAAGGUUAAUGUGGUUCUGGGGAUGGAUUGGCUUUCCGCCAACAUGGUGUUUAUUGGUUGUGAAGAGAAGUUGAUUAUCAUUCCAUCUAGUGAAGCUACUCCAAAGGAUGUGCUAACUACUAUCUUGGAAGGUACAGUUGGCAUGGUUAAUUUCUUAUUUGAGAAUGAAAAGUCAGUUCUCUUGGUUCUUACCAAGGAGCCUAACGAUAAUCUGAGUGUUACACAAAUCCCUGUUGUUUGUGAAUUUCCGGAAGUUUUUCCUGAGGAUGUCACCUCUCUUCCUCCUGAAAGGGAAGUGGAAUUCUCUAUUGAUCUAAUACCUGGGAUGGCUCCAAUCUCCGUCUCUCCGUAUCGCAUGGCGCCACUAGAGUUGAGAGAGUUGAAGAAUCAAUUGUAA